AUGUGCCGUAAUAUAGGAGUAACAAUAUUUUUAUUAUGGCUUAAUAUAAUUAAAGUUCACAGUGAAAAUAUCUGUGCAUUUUCUGACAAAUCUUACCGUGCUACUGGAUUGGUGAAUGAUGAUGAUACAGACAAUGCUGUCAAAUACUCUGAUGGAACUGGAACAAUUGGUGAUAAAUCAUUGUAUGGCGGCGAGAUAUUACCCGAUAAUAAAACCAUACGCUGUGUAGAGGAGAAGACAUAUUGUUUCACAUUAUGGUCAACAGACGCAAAUAACAAAAGUCAAAUUAGCGUCAUCAAACAAGGAUGUUGGAUAGGAGGAGAUGUAUGUACCAGCAACAACUGUUUAUCAGAAACAGCACCCAAACCAAUACCAACUACCAACAGUUCCCAACAAUCUAAGUUCUGUUGCUGUACAGGUCAUCUUUGUAAUGAAAAUAUGACAGAUAUUUAUAUUCCUAGUCUCCAUACUACAGCCAUACCAG